GAUACCUCCAACGUCGGAAACUACGUCUAUAAUUAGCCAACCGGACGAGGACGGCUAUUCAGAAACAGGAGCCUCUCAAACAUCAGCCAUCGCAGACUCGACCUAGAGCACCCAUUCGAGCUUCCGAAAGGAUUCAAUUGCCACCUAUGCCCCUGCCUACCACCGAAGGAUAUAUCAGGUGUAACUACUGCUGCAUGGCAAUGCCAAUCAAACGUUCCCAGCGGCGGAGGCACGUCUAUGAAGAUCUUCGUCCGUAUAUCUGCCUCGAGAUAGACUGCCUCACACCUGAGAAAGGGUACAUAAGAAGCAGCGAAUGGAUAGAUCAUACGACACAGGCACAUUGGAAGAUGUGGAUUUGCCCUUACUCUUGCCAGAAAAACUUUUUGUCGAUAGAUGACUUCAAGGAACACGUAACACAGAAUCAUCCACAAGCGCCCUCAGGAAGUGGUCUCGGCUUACUUACCGAGCUAAGUGAGCGGUCCAGGUCAUGGGAGGAAGGAAUAUAUUGCCCUCCCUGCAGUGAAAUACUAGGAACUCCAAAGGAAUAUCAACGACACGUGGGUUACCAUCAAAUUGCAUUGGCUUUAUUCGCUCUACCUCCUUCAUAUAGAGGCUUUGAGACCAUUGAGGAGGUUGAAGAGAUCGAAUCAAGUGACGCAUCAGAAGAAAGCGAAAAUUCGGUCAUAGACGACGCCACCGAGGACCCUUUCUCAAAUCAGUCCCUUGAAACCAUCCUAUACGAUAACCUAGCUAGACAUCGCGAUGGGCCUGAAAAAGAUUUCCUCACUCUAUAAUCUUUGCAACGCCUAUUGCCAGCAUCGAGAGCCCGGGAACACCUUAAAAGGCUCUUCCAAGAGGUCCUUCAACUAGGCUAUACGCCCAAGCAUGACAACGUAGAUUUUUAUCUAGGACUUAUAUGUAUCGAUAG